AAUGAUGAUGGACUGAGGUUGUGUCUGCCUGCUGUCCUCAACCCUCGAUACCAACCUCAGGGUAGUGAAGGUCCCAGUGUCCAGGUGAUCUCAGUUCCAGCCUCUUUGGUGCCCUACAGUCUGUCCUUUUCUGCCCGAGUGUCCUCUCCUCGUCCAAUCUCUAAAGUAGAGUCCAGCUGCUCCCUGGAUCCUCUUCAGUACCUCAACACUGAUCAGACUCAGGCCACGGUUAAGUUGGCUGCUGGACACAAGUUUGACAGAGACGUUGAACUGCUGAUUUAUUACAAAGACGCCCACCAGCCCACUGCUGUGGUGGAGGCAGGACAGGCCUCUGCUAAACCUGGCUCUCUGAUGGAGGAUCCAGUGGUGAUGGUGAGCCUGUACCCUGAGUUCCCCCAGUCUGUGAUGUCCUCACUCGCCUCCUGUGGAGAGUUUGUGUUCUUGAUGGAUCAAUCAGAAAGUAUGGAGUCACAAUUAAAUUACACAACAUCCACGAGUCGCAUGGACAGCGCCAAGGUUUUAAGGAUUUUCUCUUUCUGUAAUAAAGUUUUUUAUUUGUUACUCACUUCUAUUUCACCUCUCUUUAGGAAACUCUGCUACUCCUAUUGAAGAGUUUACCAGUGG